AUGCACUCGCUAGAACAAGAUACCAUAGAGGAAGCUUGGUAUGCGGCGCUUGAACCAGAAUUUAGCAAGCCAUACUUCAGGAAGCUCAAGCAAUUCCUCGCUGCGGAGAUGAAAUCUCACACAAUAUAUCCUGCUGCUGCAGACAUAUAUUCUUGGUCGCGGCUUACACCUCUAGAUCAAGUUAAGGUCGUGAUCCUUGGGCAAGAUCCGUAUCACGACGUCAAUCAGGCGCAUGGUCUAGCAUUUUCGGUACUGCCACCCACAAAACCCCCGCCUUCGCUUCGCAACAUCUACAAGCAGCUUGCAGCCGACAUACCAGGCUUCAUUCCGCCAGCCUUCGGAGAUCUCUCACCACUUGCACGAGCAGGCGUGCUUUUCCUCAACACCUCGCUCAGCGUUCGCGCUCACAAAGCUGCUUCGCAUUCUGGAAGAGGAUGGGAGGAAUUUACACAGGCCGCGCUACGUGCCGUGCUGGACGCAGCGGGUGAUAAAGGCGUCGUCUUCAUGGCGUGGGGUUUACACGCACAGAAAACAUGUGCGAGUACCAAACACUUGGUACUCAAGUCAGCCCAUCCGUCGCCUCUAUCAGCACGUCGUGGGUUUCUAGGCAAUGGGCACUUCGCUACGGCCAACGAAUGGCUUAAGGAGCGCUAUGGGGAAUACGGUGUCGUGGAUUGGCGAGUGCUUAGCGAGAAGCGGUGA